UCGUGCGCCGAUAGUAUCGACUUUAAAUCAUACGUCAAAUUCAGACAUCAAGUGAUAAAUUGCGAGAAAAAUGUGGACUACGAAGAGACGGGAAAAUGGGUGCUAACCGUCCAAAACCUGGACAACGGACAGGUAUUUAGCGACGUUUGCGAUGGGGUCAUGGUAUGCAGUGGUCUCAACAAUAGGCCAGUUAUGCCACAAUUCAAAGACCAAAAUCUAUUCAAAGGAGAGAUCAUUCAUUCGCGAAGUUAUCGCAAACCACAGGCCUAUGAGGACAGGCGGGUUGUGGUCGUAGGCAUCGGUAACUCCGGGGGUGAUGUGGCCGUCGAGUUGUCUACUGUCGCCAAACAGGUAUACCUGUCCACUCGCAGUGGCAGUUGGAUAGUACGUCGUGUGGGCUUAAGUGGCCUACCAUUUGAUGGUCAGUUCAACCGGCGGUCAAUGAAUACACUGCUGAGUCUCACCCCAUAUCCCAUACAAUGCUAUUUCGGAGAGAUGUAUAUAAACACGAAAUUCAAUCAUAAAUUAUAUGAUUUAAAACCGAAGCACCGGCUGUUCGCACAGCACCCCAUGAUUAACGAUGACUUACCCAACCGGAUACUGGCCGGUUAUGUCCAGGUUAAGACUAAUAUUGAAAGGUUUACCCCAAAUGGAGUUGUAUUUGAAGGCGAAACCGAUGAAACUCCAUGCGAUGCCGUAGUGAUGGCCACUGGAUAUGAGUUGUGCUACCCUUUCAUAUCCGCAGACACCCUACCCAUCAGUAAAUCGGACUUUAAUCUCUAUAAACACGUGUUUUAUGCCAACCACUCGCACGCGCACACACUGGCCAUCAUAGGGUGCGUACAGCCGGGCGGUGCCAUACCUCCCAUCGCGGAACUCCAGGCGCGAUGGUUCGCCCAACUGAUGGCCAGUCAUCUGAAACUGCCGUCAAAAGCGAAAAUGCUUUCCGAUAUCAAGCGACGGAACCGUUGGGUGCGGAAGAGGUUCUUCAACGCCAGUCGGUGUGCGCUGGAAGAGGAUUGGGUCCCAUAUAUGGAUGACUUGGCCUCCAUUUUGGGGGUUAAGCCUAAACUU